AUGAAGUAAUAAUAAUUACCUACCUUUACAGAAAAUGCUUUGAAAUUUAAAACUCUAUCUCAUACCAACUCUUUAUUAAAGUAAAUUAGUAGCCAAUAAAUCUCUACUCGUAGUAAUAAUACAACAAUCAUAUAAAAUAAUAUACAUAUAGCUGAACAAUUGAAAUUAGCUAAGGCAGAAAACAAAAGCUAAUAAAAUAGCUUAUUAUUUAAUUCUGUUGUAUAAACCAGCACUACAUACAUGACUAAUAAAAGUACACCAAGGAAUUAAAUAGAUCUUGAAGAAUUAGUUAAAUUCACUAAAAAUAAAAAAUAAGCCAAUCUUUUGUUAGAAAAAGACAGAAAAGAUUAAAUCUCAGUUAUGUCUAGAGUUAGAGAAGAUGUAAGUCAUUACUAUGAUCCAAUUAAAUCAGAAAGAAAGAAGUCUGAUAAUUUAUUAGAAGAAAAAUAAAGAUUACAUACUAAAAAACCAUUCAUAAAUAGAAGAUAAAUAUCAUAAAUGAGUUCACCUUAACUAUCCUUAUUAGAUAUGAAUGAAUAUUUAAAAUUUGAAAAUUCACUCAAUUCAGAGAUUAGAAAUGUAUAAACUGAUGCUCCUAUGGGCAGAGUAUAAACAAUUAAAUUAAAAGAAUGGUUCGACAAAUAAAAAUAAGAUGAUUAGUCUGAUACUUUAAAUUUAUUAUCAGUUACCAUCAAAGAAUUAAUUAAACAAAUUAAAUUUGAAUGCUUAGAAAGAGGAUUGUUAAUUGAAGAAAUAUGGAACAAAAUUGUUAAUAUUGUUAAUGAAAUGAAAUUUUAAACUGACAUAGUCAUUUCUAAAGCCAAAAUUUAAAUUCUUGAUGAAUAUAAUAAUACAUCUAAAAUAUUUAGUUAUGAAAUUGAGAAUCUAAAAGCAGAAAUUAAAAAACUUACUGAAUAAUUAACAAUAGAAAAUAAAAAGAAUCUAUUACUUAAAGAUGAUUAUAAAGAAUUAGAAGAUUAAUUUGGAAAAAUGAGAUUAUAAUCUAAUGACUUAAAAAAGAUUGUUGCUUUUUUAACCAAAAAAUUAAAAUAGGCAAAUAGUGAAAUAGAACUCUUAACUAAGAAAUUAUAAAACGAAAAAAAACAUAGGUUUUCUCAAGUCGCUAUUCCACAUAAUGAAAUCAUAAUUAAUUAAUCUGAUAAACAUUUGUUAAGUAAAUAAAAUAGUAUCAAUGCCCCUUCAUAAUUUUAUUUAAAAUAAGGUCGCAAUUCUAUUAUGCCAUAGAUUACAGAUUCCCUCUAAAAUUCUGUUUAAUCAUAAUAACCAAAAUAAGAAUCCUCUUCAGAAGAUGAAUAGGAUGAAGUCAUUGAAGAAUUAAUGGAUGAUAAAAAUAUUAUUGAAAUGGAUAAUAUGGUUAUGAAUAUGGAUAAAAUAAUAACUGUAGCCUGUUUUGCUUAACUUACAGGUUUAGAUUUUCUAGAGUAUGCUUCAAGAGAAAAGGCUUCUUAAACUAUUAUAUCUAUGUAAAAACCAGAUUUCAAUUUAUAUACAGUAUCAUAAGAAAAUUUUGAUCAAGUCUUUGAGUAACAAAAAAUUAAAUAAAAUAUAGAAGAAAUUGUCAAAGUUUAUGAAGGUACUUAUUUCUAAUAUUUAUAGAUAAAUUUAAACAUCAAACAUCUAGUAGAUAAUUGAAUUCUUUAAUUGAGAAAAAGUUUUACACAUCAAAAGAUGUUGAAAUGCCAUCUUUGACUGAUAAAAAUUUUAUAUUUGAUUCUGAACUUUUUGAUGAAAAUAAAAGGAUUAUUCAUACUUAAGUUGAUAUACAAUUACAAAAAUAACAAAAUGUAUAAUAAUUAGAUUUAGAUAAAAUUAAAACUCUUAUAGAAUUGUUAUCAGGAUCUGAAAUGUAGAAUAAAUAAAAGGAUUUAAGAUUAUCUGAAAUGUAAAAUAAUGUAAGAUAAUUAAAUGAGUAAUUAGAAGAAAUGUAAAAAAAAUUAUCAUUAUUUACUGAAGCAGAUUUAUAUAAUGUAGCAUGUGGUAAGGAAUAAAUAAAAAAAGAAUAAAAAUAAAUUGAAUAAUUUUUAGAAAGUUAAAAUUUAAGAUCUGAAUAGAAAAUAAACACAAGAAAAAGAGACGCUAAAAAGAUGACUUAGGCUAAACUGAUAUUCAAAGGUCCAUAAUUAGGUUAAAAAGUAACAGUUGUGUACGAAUUUCAGAAAUAAAAUGCAGGACCAAUGUUAAUUGAAAAGAUUAAAUUAAAACAAUUACCGAAAAUAAAACAUUUUAUGCCUCUUAAAUUGUUGAUAAAAUAAAUAAAUGUUAUUUAUGCAGAUAGAAUUGCAUAAUAAAAAGAAAAUAGCAAUAUUAAAGAAUAAGAUUUAGCUUCAUUUGUUUAUUCUUACUUUCUAUCUCAAUUUGGAAUAAAGAAAAUAGCAGAAUAGAAAUUCUUAAUUUUAGUUGUUUCUGUAAAACAUUACAAAAGUAUAGUAAGAAUAAACAAUUUUGCAAAAUUCUUAAAUCUAUUUGAUACUUAUGUUAACUUUAAUUUGGAUGAGCUUAAACGAUAUUUGGAAGCUUAUGACUAUAUAACAAAUAUUUCUUAGUUAGGGAUUCUAAAUAAUGAUUAGGAUUAAGAACUUCGGUAUAUGGUUCCAUAUUUAAGGGUAGUUUAAUAUAUAGGUAUUUUUGCAGAUUCUAGAAUGACAUCAGAAGAGAAGGAGGAAUUAAAGAAGGAAUUAGACUUACUUAAAGAAAACGAUCCUAAAUAAUCGAAUAAAUAACAUCUAAUAGAUUUUGAUUAAUUUAUGAUACAGUUAUUUGCAAAAUAUAAAAUCUUAGUUAGUAGAGCAAAGGAAUAUGUAAUAAAUGCAUUUGCAGCAUGUGAUUUAGGUAAUAUGAUAAGUAUUAAUUUGAGAUGGAAAUGGUAUGUGUAAUUUUGAAGAGUGGUUCUUAUUACUUCGUCAUAUUGAACCAGAUCGUUUAACAAGUGAGUAGAUUUCGGAAAUCUUUUUUGCAAAUGCUGAUUUAUUAGUUAAAGGAGAGUAGAAUUUUUCAUUUGAAAAGUUUGCUGUUGUUUGUGUUGAAUUUGGACUUUUCUCUGAGGAAGCUUAAAAUUAAUUCUUAUAAAUAAAGGGAUAAAAGACUGAAAUAAUGAGUUAAGUAAUAAUAAUUUAAAAUUUAUAUAGUUUUAAAAAUUAUAGGAUUCAUGGUUAACAAUAAGAAGUACAAUUGAAUAAAGAUUUGAUUAGAUAGUUCUUCUUGAUGCUGAUCGAUUAGAUUAAUGGAGAUAGAUUAUUGAUACUUUAUAGAAGAAAAUUUAAGAGGUUUCUUCACAUAUAUAAUAAUCAGGAAUAGAAAAAAAGGUUAAACCUUUGUUAAUAGCAAGUUUAUUAUUACAAAAAGAAUCUUGUAUGUUAUUAGAACUCUAAAAUGAUUAUGAAGAUGAGAGUAUUGGAUCACAGUUAUAAUCAAAUCAAUCUAUAAGGUUGGCAGAAGAUUAAAUCAAAGAAUGA